AAAACAACAAUUUAGAGACAACAAACAACUGCUGUCACAAAUGACAAUCAACCACAACAACAACAAACAACUGUUUCACUUUCACAUACACUCUCACUCUUGCUUUACCCAAACCGCUCCACCUGCUUCAUAGCUAGCAUCACAUUCAUUCUCAGAUUUGCUCUACUUGCUAAAAUUGCAGAUGAAGGUGAGUUUAUCUUGAAAUACAAGUAACUAAGAAUCAUGGCACUAGGGAAGAGUUCCCGAGGCGAUGGGAGGAACUCGUCAAACUACUGUUCGACAGUUCCGGUUGCUGUUUUUGUUGCAUUUUGUUUAGUUGGUUUAUGGAUUGCAAUGUCGUCCAUUGCUCCAGAUCAGGAUCCAGUCAUGGAGGUAUCCGAGACGAUUAAUGAGGUAAAGAAUAUAGCCAAUCAAACUGGUUCUACGAAAUUCGAAGACAGUUUAGGUGAUAUAUCAGUGGAAUCGGCAACAAGAGAGAGCCAAACCUCAAAAUCUCAGAGUGAAAGCCAUUCUGAAUCUGUAGAAACAGAAACAACGAAUGGUCAAAUUGAUGAUAAUCAACUCAAAGGAUCGGCGGAAGCUUUAGAUGGAAGUAAAUCUGACAAGAGCUUAGAUGAUAGCAAGUUAGUGACAGAAAAUAGUCUCGGUGAGAUCACGCAACAAGAUGAGAUUGUCGGCGAGUCUAAGGAGGAGAAGAUCAAUGAAACACAGUCAAUGAGAAAUCAAAGUACCGGAGAUAGUAACGUUGAAAGUUUAGUUGAAGCUAGAACCGAAAAUGGAACUUGGUCAACUCAAGCUGCAGAGUCUAACGAGGAGAAGGUCAAUGAAAAUCAGCAGUCAAUGACAAACCAAAGUACUGGAGAUAGUAAAGUAGAAACUUUAGUUGAAGCUAGAACCGAAAAUGGAACUCUGUCAACUCAAGCUGCAGAGUCUAAGCGUGACAAGGAACCAGAAAAGUUUUCGAUAUCUAUUGAUAGCAGCAAAUAUGACUGGAAACUUUGUAAUACAACAUCAGGAUCUGAAUACAUCCCUUGUCUUGACAAUUGGAAAGCAAUUAAAAAACUUCGAAGCAUAAGUCACUAUGAACAUCGAGAGAGACACUGUCCCGAUGAAGUUUCUACUUGUCUAGUUUCUCUUCCGGAGGGCUACAGAAGCCCGAUUAGGUGGCCCAAAAGCAGGGAAAUGAUAUGGUACAACAAUGCCCCUCACACAAAGCUUGUAGAAUCUAAGGGUCAUCAAAACUGGAUCAAAGUUUCUGGUGAAUACCUUUCAUUUCCUGGCGGGGGAACUCAAUUUAAGUAUGGCGCUCUUCAUUACAUUGAAUUCAUUCAAAAUUCUCUUCCUAAUAUUGCAUGGGGGAAGAGAAGUCGUGUGAUAUUGGACGUUGGGUGUGGGGUAGCGAGCUUCGGUGGCUAUCUGUUUGAAAAAGAUGUUCUGACCAUGUCAUUUGCUCCUAAAGAUGUCCACGAGGCACAAGUUCAAUUUGCAUUGGAACGUGGAAUUCCUGCAACGUUAGGCGUCAUGGGAACUAAAAGAUUACCAUUCCCUGGUUCUGUCUUUGAUCUUCUCCACUGUGCUCGUUGUAGAGUCCCUUGGCACAUAGAAGGUGGCAAGCUACUCUUAGAGCUGAAUCGUGUCUUGCGACCUGGUGGUUACUUUGUAUGGUCCGCUACUCCAAUUUAUCAAAAGGAUCCAGAAAAUGCUGGGAUUUGGAAAGACAUGCGUGCAAUCACGAAGUCAAUGUGCUGGGAUCUGGUGGUUAUUGCUAAAGACAAAUUGAACGGAGUGGCAGCGGCAAUAUAUAGAAAACCAACCGACAACGAAUGCUACGAGAAUCGACCAAAAAAUGAGCCACCAAUGUGUAGUGAAUCUGAUGAUCCAAAUGCAGCUUGGAAUGUAUCAUUACAGGCUUGCAUGCACAAAGUGCCAGUAGGUGCAUCAGAGCGCGGAACAAUCUGGCCGGAACAAUGGCCGCUGAGGUUAGAGAAACCACCUUACUGGUUAAACACUCAGACCGGUGUUUAUGGAAGAUCUGCUCCAGUGGAAUUCACCGCCGAUUACAAACAUUGGAAGAACGUCAUUUCACAUUCAUAUUUGAACGGAAUGGGCAUCAAUUGGUCUUCAGUAAGAAAUGUCAUGGACAUGAAAGCUGUUUAUGGAGGAUUUGCCGCGGCACUCAGAGCGCUGAAAUUGAACGUAUGGGUAAUGAAUGUAGUUCCGGUUGAUUCUCCAGACACAUUGCCUAUAAUAUACGAGCGUGGAUUAAUCGGUAUUUACCACGAUUGGUGCGAGUCAUUUAGCACCUAUCCUCGAUCUUACGAUCUUCUCAAUGCCGAUUCUUUAUUCUCAACACUUAAAGAAAGGUGCAACAUAGUGGCGGCGAUUGCAGAAGUUGAUAGAAUGUUGAGACCAGAAGGAUAUUUGAUAAUAAGAGACAAUGAAGAAACAAUUGGGGAGAUAGAGAACAUGGCAAAAUCUCUACAUUAUGAUAUUCGUUUUAGUUAUGCUAAAAAUGGAGAGGGUUUACUUUGUCUACAGAAGACAUUUUGGAGACCAACAAAGGUUGAAACUCUAGUGUCAGCCAUUGCUUAAUUUAUGAUGCUUCACCUUCACUUUCCACUCAUUGUUUUGACAGAAGGGUUAUUUUCUUAUUCUUUACUUCUAUCCUUGCAUUACUUAUUUAAGAAUGUCUCUUGUACAACAACUCUGUAAUAUAAUAUUUAUUUAUUAUUAUAAUGUAUAUAUCUGUGUUUUAUUUUUCA